AUGGAACCGAACGACAAGAACGCCGGAGCAGUGCCACUGACACCAUCGAAGCCGAAGCAUUCCAGCAAGUCAAAGCUACCAGAGAAUAUAGACCCUAACGUUACUAGCCCUAAUCUGAAAGCCUUGAAUUCCCCAUCACUCAAAUCAGCGACUAAAGUCCAGAAAUCGGUGAUGAAGAAACCUAAUCAUAUCUCUUCGCCUUCUCCCAAGAACAAGAUUCGGGAGAGUAAGUUUGUGGUGGUGAAGAAGAAUUUGAAGAGAGACAAGGAUAAAACCCCGAUUUCAGUCGAUUGUAAGUGUAAGGCUAGUGGUAAUUUAGAAAAAUGUGUGUGUGUUGCUUAUGAGACUCUUAGGGCUUCUCAGGAAGGGUUUUUCAAUCGGAGUGAAGUUUCUGUUCAAGAAGAAAAUCUGAGUUUACCUGUAGGCCUUCAAGGAAAAUCCGAAGAAGAUUACGUUUUUGAGAUGUCCGGUGAUAAGAGGAGAAAGGAGAAAUUGUUGGAUGAAGCAAGAAAGAGCAUUCCUAAACCUGGAUCUGGAAGAGUUUUGCAUUUGGUCAAGGCCUUCGAGAAUAUUCUCACAUUACCAGAUUAA